CAGUAACAUAUAAACUCUAUUUAAUCAGGAGUAAUAACAAGGGUAUCUGUUCACGCCAUUGUGGGAUUGUCUGGGGGAGGAAUUUGUGCUUGGGGUUGAGUUGUUUUCUUUAUUGGCUGAAUUAGACGUGACACAUCUAAGAGGAUCAUCUGGACAUAUCUCACAGAAUACACACACCACACCAUGGAGUCAUCUGAAUUCCAGGAACAACCUCACACUAGUGAGAAGGCUUAUGAAUGUCUAGAUUGUGGGAAAACUUUUGCUAAGAACAGUGAUUUGAAGAGACAUACAAUGAUUCAUACUGGUGAACGACCCUUUGUCUGUGAAGUUUGUGGCAUGGGCUUUAUAGAAAAGGUGAAGCUCACUGUUCACAUGAGACAUCAUACAGGGGAAAGACCAUUUGAGUGUAAAGAAUGUGAUAAAACAUUUAUUAAGAAAAGUGAUUUGAAGAAUCAUACUAAAACACAUUUUGGGGAAAAAAAUUUCAUAUGUAAUGAAUGUGGAAAAGGGUUCCUUAAAAACAGUGAUCUCAAAAGGCAUACAAGACUCCACACUGGUGAUAGGCCAUUUGCAUGUAUAUUUUGUAGUGCAUGUUUUACAGAGAGUGGGAAGCUGAAGAAACAUUUGAUGGUUCAUACUGGUGAAAAACCAGUUGCAUGUGGAGAGUGCGGGAAGAGGUUUGCCCAAAACUCAGAUCUCCGCAGACACACGAGGGUUCACACUGGAGAGAGACCCUAUGUAUGUGAAGUUUGUAACCAAAACUUUAGCCAAAGUCAUAUAUAUAAGGACCACAUGAAACAUCAUGCUAUGAGAGUAAAUCCUGUUGAGAAAUCCAGUCAAGAAAAAGUGGAUGACCAAAGUGUAGCUGUGUCUCCAACAAUAAGUGCAGUGUUUAAUCCAGCAGGUGAUAUCCAUUCAGAUCAAACCAUGUUCAUCAUUGGAGAAAAUUAUACACCACAAAGUAGUAAACAUAUGGAAGAAGGUGCUGAUUCUUCCAAGUUUCUGCAAGUAAAUGUUAAUGUUAAAGAUGAAGUCAUUGAUAUGAAUGAUGACAAUGGAGUGUAUCAGAAUGUUUAAAAUCUGUCUCAUGUCAUCAAUGUACUGUACUGUAUCCCAUAAUCUUGUAUGUGUAUAUGUGUCAUUUGUUAUGUGUAUUGUUGGGAUUUCUGACCUACCAGAUGGUUGAAGAAAGGUGAUAGGCACUGUGAUUUGUGUUGUUAUAUUGUACCAGAGACAGUAGCUCUAUUACCUGAGAUUUGGCUUCUGAUACUUUGUGUGUA